AGGAUAACAACACUUCUCCUCUACAAUUUUCCUAUAGUGUCAUUACAUCUUUUUAUUGACAAAUCUUUAGUAAAAUGGGUCUAAAGUCUGUGUUGUGUGCCAAGAUAGAAAUGAAGGCUAAUAAGGAUGUGUUUCAUGAUGUCUUUACGAAUAAACCACACCAUGUCUCUACUAUGUGCCCUUUGCAUGUACAAGGUUGUGAGCUUCUUGAGGGUGACUUUGGAAGCAUUGGAUCCAAAAUUUGUUGGACGUAUACUCUUGAUGGAGAAAAGAAGAUCUCCAAACAAGUAAUUGAAACUAUAGAUCAUGAAAACAAGGUGCUCACACUUAAAGAAUUUGAAGGUGAUCUAGUUGAUAAAUAUGAUAGUUGGAAGAUAACUCUUCAUAUCGAAACAAAAGGCGAAAUUGAUUUGGUAUGUUGGACAAUGGAGUAUGAAAGACCAAAUGAGAAUGUCCCUGAGCUUAUAAAUUUGCUGGACUUUAUUGUUAGUAUGUCCAUAGCUAUUGAUGAUCAUCAUGUCAAGAUGAAUUGAUGAGAUCAUAUAUAUGCAUGUGAGGUUUAUAUAAGUAAUUA